UUCCUGCAAAACAACAAGCUUUUCCCAACUCUCUGUUCAGAGUUUUCUUACACAUAUGCCUCGCAUUAAUAUUCUUCUUAUCAUCCUCCAACUAGCUCAAAUAAAACCGAAGUAAACAAAAAAAGAUCCAAUCUUUCUCUCUCUCUCUUUCUCUCUCUCUAUGGACUUCAAUCUGAAGCAAUGGAGAAACAAUGAGUCAGAAAAUCAAGAAUCACCAGCCAAGCUACCAAGACUUCACCUUGACUUCCACUCUGUUUCUGCUGAACUUCCAUUGUUUGUAUCUGAACCAACAACAACAACUACUACAACCAAAUUUUUGUCAGAUUCAACAACCACUGCCACCACCAAAUUUCCCAGGAUGGAGAGUGGUUACUUCAGCUUGGCUCAGUGGCAGGAACUUGAACUACAGGCUUUGAUUUUUAGGCAUUUUAUAGCUGGUGCACCUGUUCCUCCUGAACUUCUUCAUCUUGUUAAGAAAAGUAUUAUUACUUCUUCUGCUCCUUCAUAUUACUUUUCUCAUCCAUAUCAACAGUAUCCUCACUACCAACAAGCCAUGAUGCAGUCAGGGUACUGGGGAAGAGCAGGGAUGGAUCCAGAGCCAGGGAGGUGUAGGAGGACAGAUGGGAAGAAAUGGAGGUGCUCAAGGGAUGUAGUGGUUGGCCAGAAGUACUGCGAGCGCCACGUUCAUCGUGGCCGCAGCCGUUCAAGAAAGCCUGUGGAAAUUCCCACACCUGUUAGUAAUGGUGCUAAUAAAAACAACAACACCACUGUUUCUCAUCAAGCCUUUGCAAAAAUGGCUGGUCAUGCUGCUGCUCCUCAUUUUUCUCUAUCUGGACAUUCACCUUCAAUGGAUGCUCUUCAUCUCAAUCAAAGGCCAUCUGAGUCCACCAAAAAGGGUCCACCACUAGAAGCCCAAAAAGAUGUAUCUGGUAGUGAUGGUAAAUCAUCCAAUGGCCAAAUCCUACGCCAUUUCUUUGAUGAUUGGCCUAGACAACAACAACAACUUCAAGAAGGUGACAAUGCUGCCACCAGCCUGUCCAUUUCAAUGCCUGGUGGGGGUAACCCCUCGUCCGACUUCUCGUUGAAGCUCUCGACCGGUAAUGACUAUGACUCGGGCCCUCAGCAAGUCAGGAAUGUUGAACGGUCUACAUGGAGGACGAGUCACCAAGUGGCCUCGAUGGGUGGGCCACUUGCCGAGGCCUUAAGGUCAUCGACUACUAACUCGUCCCCGACAAGUGUGUUGCAUCAAUUGGCACGAGGUAGCACGUCGGAGGCCAGUUAUAUUAGCACUUGAUUUUUGCAAGUGUUUGUGCUGAUUUUUCAUGACAAAGGUGCUUUUGAACUUUGUUGCUUUUUGUCUUUGGUCGUGUUGUUGUUCAUUGUUCUUUUUGUUGCAUUCACUAACUACUAUCAGCUGUACAAAUUUGCAUGGGAUGUCUGGUGUGUUUAUUAUUGGUUUGAGUUGAUAUCAUGAAUACUUUGGCUAUUUUGUUGCCAAAGUCUUGCAUUUACUAUCGUCUUUAUGUAUUCGGAACUUUUUGUACUAAUAAACGCAGUCCCCCACUAACUUUC